UGCGCUGAGCCACAAUGGCGUUUGCGGCAUGUGUUCAGGCAGAGAUAGUGGAAUGCAUACUUAAGACAGAGACCUCAUAGCUGAGUGAGGUUCAGACGUUUCUGAUAACGUUUCGGCUUUGUUGUAGCGGUGUAAAUGGCCAGCGUUUAAAUCGAGGAGUGUUUAAUCAGAAGAAAUCUCUCGCAAGCUAAAUAAUAAGAUAACUUAUUGAGCUGAUUUAGCUAUUAUACGCGCUUGGUUAGUUUUGACAACUAGCUAACCUGCUACCUAAAGACUUUUACGCUGCGAAGCCAGCAAGCUAACGUUGGCUGCAAAUGCUGUUAAAUCUGUAUCGGCAUGAGGCUUUGCUGAGUUAGAUAGUUUGCUUUAGUGGAUUAACUAAUAUAGAUAGCUAUAUGUUAGUUAGCUACCUGGUUAGCUAUCUGUUAGGCAACAUAGCUGUAAUAAUGACUGUAAAGUUGACCACUCAGGCUUAUUGCAAAAUGUUACUGCAUGCUGCUAAAUACCCAAACUGCGCUGUUAAUGGAUUACUGGUUGCUGAAAAGCAGAAGGAGAAAAAGAGAGAUGGCCACUCCGCACCAGUGCUAUGCGUGGAUUGUGUCCCACUAUUUCACGGUACACUUGCCUUAGCACCAAUGCUGGAGGUGGCACUGACAGUGAUUGACACCUGGUGUAAAGAAAACAGAUAUGUGAUCGCGGGGUAUUACCAAGCUAACGAGCGUAUAAAGGAUAUCAGACCAAACCAGGUUGCUGAAAAAGUUGCUGCCAGAAUUUCUGAGAAUUUCAGUGAAGCAGCACUGAUCAUGGUGGACAACAGCAGAUUUACCAUGGAUUGCUGUGAACCCAUACUCACCAUCUUUGAGCAUCAUGAAAACAAAUGGAAAUGCCGGGACUCAACUGUAGACUGCUGUGAGGACUGGUUAGAAGCCCAGAAGAUCACAUCGGCACUGCUGGAGAGUAGGUCCUAUGAGAAUCUGAUAGACUUUGACAACCACCUGGAUGAUCUGAGAAACGACUGGACAAAUCCAGAAAUCAACAAGUCUGUACUGCAUCUGUGCUAAGGUUGCCUGGAACAACAUUAAUCUUCAAAGCCAUUUCUGCCAAAAUGGGGCUGAAAUCACAAUUGUCUGUCUCCAGUAAAUAAUGUUCAUAGGAAGAGCUGUCAAUUUUCAGGCCUUAGUACAUUUUUAAAAGGGCCAGCAGGUUACAGUUAGGUACUAUUAAGAUCUGUAUACCAUUUAAAAGUCUGUUGGUAAGCAGAACUCAAGUGUCAGUUAAAGCAGCCUCUCUGGAAUGUUUUUCAGGGAAGUGUUUGUAUAUAUGCUUAUAGGUGGGUAAUAUAUAAGAAAGUAAUAUUUCAGAAUCAACUCCUAAAUGAUGUGGACAUUGAUCUAAUU